CUUUAUAUCCUUAAAAUGUGUUCCAUAUACUUUAGUUUCCACUUCAUUUGGUCUAUAGCUACACAUUUUUUAUAUCCCAAAAACAAUUAUAAAGAGCUCAAGCCUUUUUUCCAGGAGACUUGAACAUGCUAUAGUGUGGUACAGAUGGUGGUAGAAAAAAAAAAAAAACCUUUAAUGUUUUCGUCAAAAUCAUUGGCACACCUCACAUGUUUUUUUUUUUUUUGGGGGGGGGCAGGUUGGGGAUGGAUGGGUGCAGGAGAAAGAAACCAUGUGUUUUCAGAAAACUUUAUUGCUGUAUUAUGAAAAAUAUAAACUAAACACACGCUCCACAUUUGCAUAGAUAAACAGGACUACCGGGGAAUUAUUUUUGGAGUGCUCCUGUGUACAUCGCAAGCAGCUUUAAAGGGUUACUCACCCUUAUGUCGUUCCAACCUCAUUUGAUGUUCUUUUUGGAGGAGAGAAAGAAGCAGAAUGUUUCAGCUGCUUUCUUCUUAACAGUUAAAGUGGAUGGUGACCAGGGCUAUCAAGCUAAAAAAAAAAUGUCAUAACAUUUGUGCAGUAACUUUCAUGAUACAAUAAGCUUUUUGUGAGGAACUGACUGAAAUCAAAGUCAUAUACUGAUAAUCUUGCUUAACAACUGUGGUCUCCAUUCAUUUUCAGUGGGGCGCUCGGCAAAAUACCUCUUUUCAUGUUCUAUCAAAAAAAAAAGAAAGUCUUGACUGUGACAGAAAAUUGUGAAAGAAAUCUUUAUUUUGUACUUAUAGGUGAUAAUGUGGCCUACACCUCAAAUAGAAAUGCUGUAUCACAAUAAGUGUGAUAAAAGUUCCCCAACUUUUAUCUGACGCACUGACACUGACACCUGCUCUUGUGGAUACUCGCAUUUCCCAACGGACAAACUAGACACUGCAUGGUGCAUAUAGUAGAAAAACACAGACGUACACGUACACAUAGUCAGAACAGAAGCAUCUGUGUUGGAUCAGCCACUGAGGCUUCCCGCAUAAAUUCCUGCGUGUGUGAGAUUAAAAAAGACAGGAUUCAUCUUAAUGUUUUUUUUUAGUUCAACCCCUCCUAGGUCUCCAAAUGAACUCGGUUUCUCUUACACAAACAUAUACACAGAUCAAGGUGUGUUUGUCUUUCCUCCCCAAACUCUAUGAUUUUCGGAGCAGGUAUCCCCCUCCCACCAAAAACAGCCUGUUCACCUCGGGCAGAUGGAUUUGAGGGCGGCGUCUCGAAACCUCAGUGUGUAUUUGUGUUGAUAACCUGUACGUUUCUCUCUCUGUGAAUCAGUCUGUCUCUGGUUGUCGAGCAGGUCGUUAGAACUCACGCCGCAUUACAGUAUGGCAUUGCUGGGGUUUGUGAUGCUGCUAUGCAUCCUGGGAGCUCAAGCCUCCAUUGAUUUGAGAAAUGCUGCUGCUAUGGCUGCUGGCUUGUGUAACACCAAACCCACUGAUGUGGUGUUCAUCAUCGACAGCUCUCGAAGCGUCCGCCCCGCGGAGUUUGAGCAGGUCAAGGUCUUUCUGACUAAAGUAAUAGACGGUUUGAACGUUGGGCCUGAUGCUACUCGUGUGGGUGUUGUAAACUACGCCAGUCGGGUGAAGAACGAGGUCUCUCUGAAGUCCCACAAAACCAAGGCAGCGCUGGUAAAGGCCGUGUCCAAGAUCGAGCCAUUGUCCACCGGUACCAUGACCGGCCUCGCUAUCCAGUUUGCCAUGAACGUGGCCUUCAGCGAAGCCGAGGGAGCACGCAAAUCCCCUGACAUCAGCAAGGUGGCCAUUAUUGUGACUGACGGCAGACCGCAGGACAACAUCCAAAACAUUGCAGCAAAGGCGCGGGAGGCCGGCAUUGAGAUAUUCGCCACCGGAGUGGGUCGCGUGGACAUGACCACGCUCAGACAGAUGGCCAGCGAGCCUCUCGAGGAUCACGUAGACUACGUGGAGAGCUACAGCCUCAUUGAGAAGCUCACCAAGAAGUUCCAGGAGGCCUUCUGUGCGGUUGUGUCGGACCUAUGCGCGACAGGCGAUCAUGACUGUGAGCACAUUUGCAUCAGCACACCCGGAUCUUUCAAGUGUGCCUGCAGAGAGGGACAUACACUUCAGGGCGACGGCCGAUCAUGCAGCGCUUGCAGUAACGCAGCCAUAGAUGUGGUCUUCUUGAUCGACGGCUCCAAGAGUGUAAGACCAGAGAACUUCGAGCUGGUCAAGAAAUGGAUCAACAUGAUCAUCGACAAACUGGACGUGUCAGAGACAAACACCCAUGUGGGACUGGUGCAGUAUUCCAGCACUGUGAAGCAGGAGUUCCCCCUUGGACGCUAUAACAACAAAAAGGCCUUGAAAGAAGCAGUGAAAAAGAUGGACUAUAUGGAGAGGGGAACCAUGACGGGCCAGGCCCUCAAUUUCAUAGUGGAAAAUAGCUUCAGUCCUAGCCAGGGGGCCAGACCUGGAGUGGCAAAGGUCGGUAUUGUCUUCACUGAUGGCAGGUCACAAGACUACAUUGGAGAUGCUGCCAGGAAGGCCAAGGAGAAUGGCUUUAAGAUGUAUGCUGUGGGUGUUGGCAAUGCUGUUGAGGAUGAGUUGAAAGAAAUUGCCUCUGAACCUGUCGUUGACCAUUACUUCUACACGGCUGACUUCAAAACCAUGAACCAAAUUGCCAAGAAGCUGCAAAUCAAUGUUUGUCAGGAGGAAGAUCCCUGUGAAUGUAAUUCCCUUGUCAAGUUCCAGAAAAAAGUGGAGGAGGCGCUACAGGCAUUAACAAAGAAAUUGGAAGCUGUGACGAAAAGGAUCGCUGCCCUGGAGAACAAGAUUGUUUGAGAAGGCACCAACAUCUAAUUCUCACACUGCCAUCACUUUCUUUUCUUGUAAAAAAAACACCUCCUGUGACCUCUGACCUUAAGUUUCUCUCCUCCACUCCAUUUCUUUCUGCUAUUCUCCCUUCAUCACUAUUGUCCAUGGGGAUGGAGCACUGAUUGCGAUGGUGACCAUGGUUUACUUGACCAUGCUUACAAAAACCGAAGUUGUCGAUUUUCAAACAGCCACCCCCACUAAUAAAACCCUGUGUGCGUUGAGUAAAAAUCUACCUGUAUGGUCUUAGAAGAUCUUCACAUGCAAUGUCUUCACUUCCAGUGAAGUUUUCAUUCCAUCUUCGCUUUUCUUCACUCUACCUUUCUCAAACACAUUCUUCCAGAUUUUGCCCUGGAAAUAUUAUUUUAUAUAUGAAAUAUAUAUAUAAUAGUAAUUUAAUAUAAGAUUGGACUUGAAAUAAAUGUGUAAAGGUUUGAUAACUUGAUCAAAUAAAACACUCCAUGAAGCACACACAAAAACAGACACAACUCACACACAUAACUCACAGGCAAACAUUCACUGACUCGGCAAGUGCUAAAUGUACAGCUUGUGAUAAUUAAAUAAAAUCCCAUUUUGUGUCUGUG